CAUUAUAUAUUUAUAUUGUAAGAAAAAUCGUUAUUGCUACUCUAUCCUAAUUAAAUUUUAGUAGUAGUAUAAUUUAAAAAUUAAUCAAAAUAUAUUUAAAUUGAUGAAUACAAUUAAUUAUAGAUGACGCUUUCACUGAUCAACGGGUGAAAGAUUUGGUGUGGCGGGAAGAGAGUUAUCUACCCACCCUAAAAUCUUCAUUUUCGCUUCCGAAUUGUGGCUCAGCCAACAUUGAAGAUGAACUGGCGGAAAGACGGAAGAGAAUUCUAGAUGAAUUUCAAAGAGUUGGUGAGAAAGCUAACCGGGUGCUAAUGGCGAUCUCAAUGUAUAGAAACCCUUCGGAAUCUGCUGCUUGAUGAAACCAAAUUCUUGUCGGGGGUGGGCAGUCAAGUGAAGGGAUUGGAAUCACAGAUCAAGGAGAUGCAGUGUCUGCUAGAGGACACCGACAGAUCAAGACAUCAUGGAAGCAAGAGCGUUGGUUACUGGAUUCUGGAAAUCAGGGAUCUCGUGCAUCAAGCUGAGGAUGUUAUUGAAAUUUAUUCGGUUAUUCAAGUUUCUAUGAAAAGAGGAAGGGGCAUUAGACAGUUUUUUCAAAGAUUUUCUUGUGUCUCGAACCGCUGCUGCAGACUCCACAAGAUUGGUUUGGAGAUUUCAGAAAUCAGAACAGAUAUUGGAAGGGUGUAUAAAAGCAUGCAAGAAUAUGGGCUAAGAAGUAUUGUUCAAGAAGAAAACUCAGGUCCGGCAAGUGAAAACCAAAUAUGGAAAAGAAAAACAUAUUCCUUUGAAACCAAUGAUUGCUUUGUUGGAAUGGAGGAAGAUUUGAAGCGGCUUGUUUCUCUUACAGUUGAUAAUAACGUAAGCCGGAUUAUUUCUGUUUGGGGAAUGGGUGGACUCGGAAAGACAACCAUUGUUCGGAGAGUGUACAACCAUGCUAAUGUUAAGCAUGCUUUUGAUUCCUUUGCCUGGGUUUGUAUUACUCAACAAUGCCGAAUUAGAUUUGUUUUGGAAGAAGUCCGUAAGCAGUUAAUGCCACAAAAGAAGGAAGAUGCUAUGCAUCUAACUGAUACAGAGUUGGUUGAGCAACUCUUUCAAGUCCAAAAAGAAAAAAGAUGUCUGAUUGUAUUGGAUGAUCUCUGGAAAAUUGAGCACCGGGAUUGUCUGUUGGAUAUCUUUGUAGAUAGCCAGAUUUUGAUGACAACUCGAAAACAGAAUGUUGCAGAUGUGGGAUUAUCCUACAAACUUGGGCUCCUAAACAUGGCUGAUGGCUGGCAACUGCUCAAAUGCAAAGCAUUUCCACGAGGCUGUGUCCCACCAGACUUUUGGCCACAAAUUGAAUUGUUUGAGGAAGUUGGUAAGAAGAUGGUGAAAAUCUGUGGCUAUCUACCAUUAGUAAUUUCUCUGCUGGGAGGGAUCUUGAGCAAACGACAAUUACUGAAAGAGUGGGAGUUGGUAAAUAAAAAUAUUGAUGAUUACUUGUUUAGUGCUGGAAGCACGGAUCAGGACAAUAAGAUUAAUGCGGUAGUACUAGAUUUAAGUUAUGAGGACCUACCGUCUUACUUGAAACCUUGUUUUCUUUAUAUGGGUCAAUUUGUAGAAGAUCAAUAUGUAUAUGGUGACAAUCUAUACAUGUUGUGGAUAGCAGAAGGCUUGAUUUCAGUCGAGAAUCAAGCGAAUGGGGAGACACUGAUGGAUGUUGCAGAACUCUACUUGAGUGAAUUGGCAUCUAGGUGCAUGGUUGAAAUUGUAGCUCAGGAUACUGUAUCAAGUAAACGCUAUGCAUCCUGCCAUCUUCAUGAUGUCGUACGAGAUCUAUGUUUGCUGAAGGGGAAGAAGGAGGACUUUCGUCUCAAGGUUGUGAAUUUUCAAGGGGGAAGACUUGAUGUGUUGAGUCCAUCUGUUUUGGGUAUUAAAACACGAUACUUGGCAAUGCAUUUUAGAGGCAAAGUGGAAGUAGAACAUGAUGAAUUUACAACCAAUCAUGAAGAAACUACCAAACACAUUCGAUCUCUCAAGUUUAUUUGUCAUUCAAAACAGAGGAAGAUCAACUUCCCGAAAAGUGUUCUUGAAUAUUUCUAUAACUUCAAAUUGCUCAGAGUUUUAGUAUUUGAAGGCUGCAACUUCCAAGGAAGAAAGUUACCAAAAGAAAUUGGUAAUCUAAUUCACCUUAGAUACUUGCGCUUGCGAAAUUGUGAAUUUACUGAAUUGCCAUCCUCCAUCAGCAACUUGAUAUACUUGUGCACGCUCGAUCUAUUCCAUUCAUGGGAUGUCCGUAUACCAAAUGUUUUGCACAAACUGAUUCGGUUGAAGCACUUGUUUCUUCCUGAUUACCGAAAGACCAGCAAUGCCAUUGCCAGAAAAUACAAGCUUAGCUUGGAAGGCCUAAGUAAGCUGGAGACACUGAUCGGGUUUGACAGCUUGUUCCAUGAUUGGAAAUCUGUGUCGAGAAUGAAGAAUCUCCGACGCCUUCGAGCCACAGUGCACGAUGUAAAAACACUAUCAGAAAUCAUUUAUGAUCUCAAAACAUACAGGGAUAAUCUGCAAGAGUCUACACUUAUAAUCAGAGAUGGUUGUGAGCUGACAUCUUUGGAACAAGAAGUGCCAAUUCUGAGGAAGCUGUUGACAUGUCCCAAUCUUCAUUCCUUGUGGAUAGACGUGCACACACCGAACCUGAAACAAGAAAUCAAAACUGAGCUAGUUUUCCCAAGACUUGUGUUCUUGACAUUGCGAAACUGCAAAAUAGAGGAUGACCCAAUGCAGAUGCUGGAGAUACUUCCUUGCCUAGAAUCUUUGUGCUUAUGGCCAAGUUCUUAUGUAGGGAAAAAUAUGACUUGUAGUGGAUCAGGCUUCUGUAAACUCAAAACCAUUCAGCUGUGGGGUUUACCAAAUUUGACAGAGUGGAAAGUUGAGAAAGGAGCCAUGCCGAUCCUUUCUGAGCUUGAAAUUAGGGACUGUCCAAAGUUGGGGAAGAUUCAAGAUGAACUGAGAUCUAUUACAAAUUUGGAGAAACUGGAGAUUUCUGAAUUGCCAGGAUUUGGAAAAUGGGUUUCUGGGAGAAAUAGAGGAGUUCAACACUGUUUUCCGUGCUCCUUUCGUCAUCAUCCCUCGAACGACUGAUAGCAGGUGUCAAAAGAGGUUCAGAUCAAUUUCGAGCUGGAUUGAUGGGUAACAUUUUUUGCCUAACUGGCUGAACUGCCCAUUUAGCCCGAGGACUCUGCUCUAAAAAUAGGCCCUGGGCCUGAAACUUCUGCUUCUGAGGUCAGCCUGGACCAUCUUCUAGGCUUACUAUAUUCCGCUCCGACCCUUACUCAGAGAAAAUCUCUAUUCAUGAUGUAACUCCUGCUUCAGGUUCAUUGAAGAAAUGAGUGAUGAAGAAAGCUUACGCGACUAUCUGUUUAAACUGACCAUGCAACAGCAAUGGGAAAAAGUGGCGAAGAAAUAUGAGGAAGAUACAAAUGCUCAUACUCUCAUGCUGACCAAAUUAGAGGACACUGCUUUCCAUAUAGCUAUCUCCAGUUACAACCCUGAUUGCUGCAACGCAUCCCAUGAAAGCUUCACUCAAAAAAUGUACUCUUUGAUGGAUAAUACAAAUUCAUUAUGUAAAGUGCUCAAGAUGCCUAACACGAGAGGAGACACCCCUCUCCAUCUUGCAGCUGCAGUUGGAUGGGAGUCCUUGUGUGCACACUUAUAGCUUCAGUGGAUCCAAAUCUCAUUGAGAUCCGCAAUGCUAAUGGUGAGACGCCGUUGUUCAUUGCAGCUCAUCACGGCAACCUUGAUACGUUUGUCUCACUCCAUGACAUCUACAAAAAAGCCAAGGAAUAGGCUGAUGGGUCUCUCUGCAGGAGGAAAGAUGGGAAUACCGUCUUGCACUCUGCAAUUUCUGGGGAAUACUUCAGUAAGUGUUUUUUGAAGAUAUGUUUGCAUAUACACAUGAUGAAUGUGCAAUAAUAUGGUGCUUGAUAUGCAUUUUUGCUACUGAAUUACCCUACUUUAUAUUGGAGCACUACAAGAUGCUUCUCAAUUAUUUUAAUGUUGAUGGAGAGAACCCUCUCCAUGUUUUAGCAAGGAAGCCUAACUUGUUCAAAAGCAACUCACAGCUUGGAUCCUACGAAUCAAUGAUCUACAACUGUAAGAAUCCUAGUUUCAGAUUCUCUCUAUACAUAUAAUCAGUUGCAUAAGUUUUGGAGGUGCUAAUGGAAUUUAUGGUAUGUGGAUAAGUUGUAUUUGUUGAUGUUCUGAAGAAACAACCCAAUCACAAAUCCACACCGAUUAAUGGCUCAAGAAAUGACAAAUUCCCAGAGAACUACAAGACAUGUGUGAGCAUCUUCCGUCUAUUAUGGAAUCCAGUUUACGAGAGUAUUAAAGAUGGCCUUUCUAGAUCUGAGAAUAAAAAGAGUAUUCCAAAUGAUGUAGAAGAUCAACCGUACGAGGAGCAUGUCGUUCCAAUAUAUGAGAGUUUCUUAGAUGAAUACAACCCAAAUCAUAUUUACCAAAAAAAUUAUCCGUAUGAUUUUGAAAAAUAACAAGGUGUCUACCCUUCGUCUCCAGCUGGUUGUUCAAGAUCCAAUAAAAAAGAUGCUGUUCUACUGAUAAAAACAAAGGUGCAGAGGCAGAGAGCAAAGAUUAUGGUUCCUAUCCUCCCAAUUACACUACUUGCAUUUUGAUUUUCAAAUUCGCCACAAAGGUCAUCAUCCUAACAGUUCUUGGAGUUGGGUUCUUGAAGAUACAAAAGAUUCACGAGAAGAAAGUUCGACACUGUCAUGCGAUGCAGAUCAUGGAUAAGAUGAUCGAGUUCGAACCAAGUUACAAAUAUGAUAGCAAUGGGCAGCGCCCCGCCCAUCCCUCAGAAGCAUCGAGUAGUAUUCCGAGUAUGCCUCCGAGACCACAAAAUCUAACAUCGAAGUGAAGGACAGUACUCCACUACUGGUAGCUGCUAAAAUGGGAAUCCCAGAAAUGGUGAAGAAGAUACUUGAUGCUGUUCCCGUAGCCAUCCAAGAUCAAGACUCGGAAGGGAAGAAUGUGCUGAUGGUGGCAGCAGAGCACAGGCAAACAUAUGUGUUUGAUUUUCUCGUGCAGAGAAAGCUCCCCGAAUACGUGUUUCACCAUUUUGACAAUGAAGGGAAUAGCAUCCUCCACCUCGCUGCGAAGCUGGGAGAGAAGCAGCCGUGGCGCAUUCCUGGUGCUGCUCUGCAGAUGCAAUGGGAGAUCAAAUGGUACAAGCAUGUGAAGAGAUGCGUUCCAGCGGUGUGUUACAGCCACCACAACGCGAAGGGCGAGACUCCAAGGAAGAUCUUCUCACAAACACAUGACGAGUGGCUGGUCAAAACCUCGGAAUCAUGCUCCGUGGUGGCUGCGCUCAUCGCCACGGUCCCUGGCAGCCUAGACGACGGGUACCCUAUCCUAAGAGAGCGCAGGGCCUUCGACAUCUUCUCAAUCGCUUCGCUGAUCGCGCUCUGCCUGUCCAUCACGGCGCUCGUGUUCUUCCUUGCAAUCAUCACCUAGCGGUUCGAAGAGCGCGAUUUCAAGCGAGACCUGCCUCGGAAGCGUCUUGCGGUGAUACCAGUCAUGCUAUUUGCAAUGGGGCAGUUGCCUUUAUACUUUGAUCUUCUUUGGGCAGCCUACGUUAAAGUCCCUCUACGCAGCUACAAGAUCUUUUUACACUAGAACCCUCCUUGCGUUUCAUUGUUAAGUCUCCAUGGACUCAUUAAUCCUUUCAAUUCCCAUGAUUUUCACAAACCCUUUUGGCCUAUAGAAAUACUAUCUUCUCCUACCUUUGUCUUUUUAAAGUAAAAAUUAUUUUCAUUUUGAUUCAA